AUGGGCUGGUCGUCGCCAGACAGUCUGAUUACCAGACUCUUCUCCGGCGAUCCCAUUGCAAUCUUUCUUGCGUUCCUGGUAACAAUCUCGCUUCCACUCCUCCUCCAUCUCUACUUCUACACCCAAACUGCGCGUGCCAAAGUUGUUCCAAAUUUUCUACUUCUGGGCCCCAGCGGCGCAGGAAAGACUUCGCUCGUAUCUCUUUUGCAAAAAAGAUCUUCCAAUCCAGAAGACUCCGAGGCCGCCCUCACUCGUAUUUCUCAGGUAUCAUCAACCGUCAGCUUACUGCUUUCAGCCUCGGUGUCUCUGGGAUCCGAUAAAUAUCGGUCCGAGAAUGACACUUCGUUCAAGGACAAGCAACCCACUCGAUAUGUCAUGAUAGAUACCCCAGGUCAUGGCAAACUCAGGUCGGAACAAGCUUUAUCGCAGAUACAGAAUCCUGCUCUCCGCGGGGUAAUUUUUGUGGUCGAUGCAAGUGCACUCGAUUCAAGUGAUUCCUCCUCGUCUCGCGACACUGCUGUCUACCUUCAUGAUACACUGCUUGCGCUUCAACGACGAAAGACUGGGAAGAACAAGGCCAGAACUGAGAUCCCCGUGCUCAUAGCGGCGAACAAGCAGGAUCUGUUCACUGCCUUACCGACCGGCGCAGUCAAAGAGCGACUUCAAACAGAGAUUGAGAGAGUGAGAGUAUCCAGAAGCAAAGGACUUACGACGGUGGGUCAGGAUCCAGAUUCCAGUGCCGACGAGGAGGUUCUUGGUGGGGGAGGAGAAGAGAAAUUCAGUUUCCAGUUGAUGCAAGAAGAAUACGACAUUAGUGUGGAUAUUGUUGGAGGCGCAGUCAGAGGUGAAGAAGCAGGAAAGGGCGUGAGAAGAUGGGAAGAAUGGAUAGGCAGUUGUCUAUGA